AUGGGUCCUCUGUUUACAGCAACAGAGUCCAUCUUCCAGAUAGUUCCUGAGACAAUGGCUGCUUCUUCAUCUACAAUCCUUUGCAAUGCUUCCGAGUCUGACCUUUGUCGUGACGACUCCGCAGCGUUUCUUCUCAAGUUAGUAGCCAUUGCUUCCAUUCUCUUAGCUGGAGCUGCAGGUGUUGCGAUACCACUCAUUGGGAGAAACCGCCGGUUCCUUCAAACAGACAGUAGUCUCUUUGUGGCUGCUAAAGCCUUUGCAGCCGGUGUGAUCCUCGCCACGGGUUUUGUUCACAUGUUGGCUGGUGGCACGGAGGCUUUGAACAACCCUUGCUUACCGGAGUUCCCUUGGUCUAAGUUUCCUUUCCCGGGUUUCUUUGCGAUGGUUGCUGCUUUGAUCACUCUGCUUGUUGACUUCAUGGGGACUCAGUACUACGAGAGGAAGCAAGAGAGGGAAGCUGCUCAUCAGUCUGAUGAACAGCCUGGUCGUGAACAGUCUCCAGGUGGUAUUGUUGUUCCCGUGGUUGUGGAAGGUGGGAACGAUGAUGAUAAAGUGUUUGGAGAAGAAGCCAGUGGCGGGAUUCACAUUGUUGGCAUUCAUGCUCAUGCUGCUCACCAUACACAUAGUCACUCUCAAGGUCAUGGUUCAUGUGAUGGACACCAGAAAAUCGAAAUUGGUCAUGCUCAUGGACAUGGACACUCGCACGGAGGUUUGGAGCUCGGAAGUGGAGCAAGGCAUGUCGUUGUUUCUCAGGUUUUGGAACUUGGAAUCGUGUCACAUUCGAUUAUCAUCGGCAUAUCACUUGGAGUAUCUCAAUCUCCAUGCACAAUACGGCCUCUAAUCGCAGCACUAUCAUUCCACCAGUUCUUUGAAGGGUUUGCGCUCGGUGGAUGCAUCUCCCAAGCGCAGUUCAAGAACAAGUCAGCGACCAUAAUGGCUUGCUUUUUCGCCCUCACAACACCGAUAGGGAUCGGUAUUGGAACUGCAGUGGCGUCGUCUUUCAACUCUCACAGCGUUGGAGCAUUGGUCACAGAAGGUAUCUUGGAUUCUCUGUCGGCAGGGAUACUUGUGUACAUGGCUUUAGUGGAUCUCAUAGCUGCUGAUUUCUUGAGUAAAAGAAUGAGCUGUAACUUCAGGCUUCAGAUUGUUUCUUAUAUGAUGUUGUUCCUAGGAGCUGGACUCAUGUCUUCUCUUGCUAUUUGGGCUUAG